AUGGAAGAAGAAAAAUCAGAUUAAGUAACCAUUGAGCCAUUAUUCUUUCCAUCUAAAGAAAAUGAAUAAAAGCUCAUUCAAUUUCUCUCCCAAGCUAAAUCAUAUAUCCGUAUCUGUGUCUAUACAUUCACCAAUAAAAAUAUUGUUGGUAAAAUGUUGUAGAUGAUGAAGGAGAAUCCUCAAUUAAAAAUAUAAAUCAUAACUGAUGAUGCUUAGACUAAGAUACCUUCAUAAAAAGCUAUUUUGGAUCAAAUAUUAGAAGAAGGAAAAGGAUAGGUAAAUGAUUAGCGUUAUAUAUUUCUCAGGCUGAAAUCAAACUUGAUAAUUCAACAGUUAGUUUGAUGCAUAAUAAAUAUCUUGUAAUUGAUACAGAUUAUAUUGCUACAGGUUCCUUUAACUGGACAAAGUCUGCAGUUACAACAAAUAAAGAAAAUUUAUUAUUAAUUAAAAGUAAGAAACUUGUACAAUAAUUUGAUGAAAAUUUCUAAUCACUUUGGAAAGACUUUUAAUUUAUGAAUGACAGAAUUCUAUAAUAACAAUAAGAAGAAAUAGAUAAAGCAGAAAGGUAGAGAUUAAAAGCAGAGAAAUAAGCUGAAUAAGCUGCAAAAAAGGCAGAAUAAGAAGCUAAUGCUGAUCCUAAUAAUCCUAAUACUACACAAGUAGAACCAGAAACUAAACCCAAAAAAGGUCCUAAAGAACCUAAACCACCCAAAGAACCUAAACCUCCAAAAGAGCCUAAACCACCUAAAGAACCAAAACCUCCUAAACCCCCUAAAGAACCUAAGCCACCAAAAGAACCAAAACCACCUAAAUAGCCCAAAGAACCAAAACCAAUUAAACAAAAAAUAAGAAAAGUAGCCCAACCGAAGAAAAAAAAGGAAAGUUAAAAAAAUGAAGAUUUUAGUAAUGAUAGAGAGGAAUUGGAUAUUAAGGAUGAUAUUGAAGAUGAUGAUGAUGAUUUUGUGGAUGAGGAAGAUUCAAUAGAUGAUUUUUUAGCAGAUGAUGAUUCUGAAAGUGAUUGA